UCUGAACCGGAUGCCCCACCAGCCCACCAGGCCACCACCACCGGUCCGGCAGUCCGUCCACCAGACUACCACACUACACAACGCGACGCGGCGCGGCGCUCAGAUUGCAGACCGCAGGAGUGAAGCAUCCAUGGCGGAAGAGGCAGCGCAGGAGCAGCCGAGGCCCACGGCGCCCCGCCCGGUCCGCUGCAUCGUAAAGCUAGGUGGAGCGGCGAUCACGAACAAGGGAGAGCUGGAGAGCAUCAACGAGGAGAGCCUGCGGUCGGCGUGCGCGCAGCUGCGGCAGGCCAUGUCCGAAUCCGAAGGCGAUGGCGCCCCGGAGAAGGUUCUGGGGAUGGACUGGAGCAAGAGGCACGGCGAUCCGGCCGACCCGGCCGUGGACGCGGAGUGGAUCGCGGGGAUGGCUGGGCUCGGGCUCGACACCAAUUUCAUCGUCGUCCACGGCGCCGGGUCUUUUGGCCACUUCCAAGCAAGUAGAUCUGCAGUUCAUAAAGGAGGGCUGCAUUCGACACUGGUGAAGGCUGGCUUUGUCGCUACAAGAAUUUCAGUCACUUCUCUUAACCAGGAAAUUGUUAGAGCCUUGGCCAGAGAAGGAAUACCAUCUGUUGGGAUGUCACCAUUUGCUUGUGGGUGGUCUACCAGUCAAAGAAAACUUGCAUCAGCUAAUGCUUCUCAAAUAAUUCAGUCACUCCAUGCUGGCUUUGUCCCUGUUUUGCAUGGAGAUGCUGUUCUAGACGAAUUGCUGGACUGCACCAUAUUGAGUGGGGAUGUCAUUAUACGGCAUCUUGCGCAACUUCUAGGUCCGAAAUAUGUUGUAUUUCUGACAGAUGUCCAUGGAGUAUAUGAUCGCCCUCCAACUGACCCAAAUGCAGUACUUCUGAAGGAGAUAGAGGUGGAUGAUAAAGGAAUCUGGUCUAUUGUAAAACCUGCAUUACUGCAAGGCAACAAUAAAGGAGUGGAGAUAUCAGUAGCUGCACAUGACACCACUGGCGGAAUGGAGACCAAAAUACUGGAAGCUGCAGUGAUAGCUAGGCUUGGAAUUGAUGUUUACAUUACAAAGGCUGGAACGGAACACUCGCUGAGGGCUUUAAAGGGUGAUGUGAGCUCGGACUCUGAAGACUGGCGUGGAACCAUUAUACGCGCUUCGAAAUAGAUUUUAUUUAUUGCAAAACAUUCGACGUUGACUAGCGAAUUUUUUGUAACACUGUUAUAUGAUAGCUGGUGAGCGUUCUAUUUCUUCCUAACUGUGAUUACAUAUUGGUCAAAUGCGUCAGUUUGAUGUUACAAAUUGAGCUCAGUAACUUUUAUUUGGUUGAUAAAAGUAUCGAUUGCA